AAGACGGGAAACUGCAGCACAUAUUAAUUAGUAACUAGCUAGGUAGAAGAAGAUGAGCUCGUCGAUCAGCAUGAUGGAGGCGAGAAUGCCUCCGGGGUUCAGGUUCCACCCCAGGGAUGACGAGCUCGUGAUGGACUACCUCCUACAAAAGCUCUCCGGCCAUGGCCACCAUGCCGGCGCUGCCAUCGUCGUCGACGUCGACCUCAACAAGUGCGAGCCAUGGGACCUCCCAGAUUCCGCGUGCGUGGGUGGGAAGGAGUGGUACUUCUUCAGCCUGCGCGACCGCAAGUACGCGACGGGGCAGCGCACUAACCGCGCCACGCACUCCGGCUACUGGAAGGCCACCGGCAAGGACCGCGCCGUCGUCGCCGGCGGCGAGGUGGCGGUGGGGAUGCGCAAGACGCUGGUCUUCUACCGGGGCCGCGCGCCCAGGGGGAAGAAGACGGAGUGGGUCAUGCACGAGUUCCGCCUCCACCCCCAUGCCGCGCCGUGCCUGCUAGCAGCAGCUGCGCCAAACAAGGAGGACUGGGUGCUAUGCAGGGUGUUCUACAAGAGCAGAACAACCAGCCCAAGGCCAGAAUCUGAAGACGCCCGGGACGGCACCCCAUCAGCUGAACCGCAACUGCCGGCUGCCCUGCCGCUUGCGCCCCUCGCUGACACCUACGCCGCCCCAACGGUUGCAGAGCAGGUGUACUGCUUCUCCGGUCUGCCGGCACUGCCAUUCAGAAGACCAGUGAGCCUUGGGGACCUUCUGGAGUUCGACGCCUCCGAGAAGGAAUCUGUCACGACAGCGAUGACCAGUGUCUCGAACAACACUAGUUCAGUGCUGGAGCUGGCUCCAAAUUGCAACUGGAACCAGGAAAAUGGCAUGUCACGGAUGUGGAGCCCCCUUGGGAUAUGAGAUAGAUCUGUGUUGUUUGCUGGAUCUGGAUGUAUGGAGUGUUAGUACUGAGUGGCCAGUAGGGUUCUGCUGCUUAGAUUUGAUUAGCAGUGUGACUUGCAGAUUGUGUAGAUUAGAUUAUCCGUUAUUGGACUAAUGGCUUGGCGUAGUAUUUGUACAUAUUACUACUGAAGGAACAGUGUCCUUAUCCUUGUUUGGCGUAGUAUUUGUACAUAGCACCUGCUAAACUUCAGACAAUCAGUGAAAGACAAAUGUGUACAUUGUAACAUAGUGUUAAGAAACUCUGAGAGUUGCUAA